AUGGCAUCGACUACGACUUCCCCACCACCCGCGCAGAACAGCGUUAUAGUACUCCUUGCGAUUCGCAUUCCCUCGGGAACUCGUACUUGCACCUGGUGCCACGUAACGAAACCAAAGUCCAAAUUCUGGACCGGGAAGGUACUGCGAGACGGAUGGGGCAAUCUGAACAAAACUUGCGAUUUGUGCAAUUCAUCGGCCGAGUCACUUGUUCAGGGAUGGAAGGUCGCUCAACAAAGAUACUUGGAGACAUUUGGAGAGCGCCGCGACUUGGUAGGCAACGUGGAAGGGGACAAUGGAGAGCGGGGUGAAGGUUGCGACGAGGAGAAUGAAGAGGAGAUCAUAGACACGAGCGGGAAUGGAAGCAUCAGUGGAGGGGAUAUCGUCGAGGAAUACGACAGGCGUGGGGAGAUUGUUGGACGCAUCAGCCCAAAACCUGCCGAGGAUGGGAACUCUAGCGAAUCUGGACUCGAUGUGAGCGCGGUUCUGCAGCGGGACCAACAAGGAUUGAGCUUGAGAGACAUCUCGGAGACCGACUUGGCUUCGGAAUUGUACACUCCCCCAGCUGUGGAAAGGAGUCAACGCAGGAGCACGUUGCCAGGUUGCUGGGAUCCCGAGAGCCUCGACAGCUUGUUUGGGGAAGAGGAUGUGCGAGUGGGCUCAUUUGGCGGCCACAUGAACACUCUCCUUCAACGAGCGAGGAGAGAGCUGGAUGAAGCAAUCGCAAGAGCCAAGCAGGACCCAUGA